GUUCACUGGUAUUUCUUCUAAUGUCCCAGUGCCUAUUGGUGUAUUCUGGAGCAUGGUCUGAAGCAGCUGUUUCUGUUCAUCGUUUAAUAGAGAUCUUGCACCGUGUACUAUAUCUGUCUUCCUCUGGAGGAGUCUACACUUCCAUUCAACCCCUUACGACAUUGAGAUCCUAGUCUUGGUAUUUUUGAGUAAAGAACAAGAAAAAAAGCAAGGAAUUCAUCCUCAGGCGUAAGGAGAACAUCUGAUAGUCUGUCUCUGCAAAGAGAUCAAGAUCUUUUGUCAGAGAUAAAAGAAAUCUGCCAUCAAGAACAUCAGGAACCUUUGAAGUUCGCCCAGGUUGAAGGACACAGACUCUGCAGCAAGAAAAAGGUUUGAUUCCUCCAAAUUAACCUUAAGUGAGACAUUCAUUUUAAACCUCCCCUAGAGGUACCAAAAAUAAGACAUAUCUGUCAAUCUGAGGAUCACAGAGCCUUUGAAGAAGAAAAAAAUUAAAUUGAACUGCAAACCAGGGUUAAUCCUCAUUUCACAGGCUUCUGCCAGCAUAUCAUCCUAUAAUCAAGACUUCAGGCGUAAAAAGAUCCUGUGACAUCUAAAUCAGGACAUCUGCACUUCAAGAAACGUUGAUUUCCAGGUAAUCCCAGGCAACUCCUGAUCUUUGUACUUCAGCAAGACAUCACAGAGGUAAGAGACCUCCCGCAAUUUCCUAUGGCAGACUGGAGCUUGCUGGGAAAUUUCCUGGAAGAGGUGCAGGAGCACUCGACUUCAGUGGGCAAAGUGUGGCUCACUAUCCUCUUCAUAUUCCGCAUCCUGGUGCUGGGCACUGCAGCAGAGUCAUCGUGGGGUGAUGAGCAGGAGGACUUCACAUGCGACACAGAACAGCCAGGUUGCGAGAACGUUUGCUACGACCGUGCCUUCCCCAUCGCCCAUAUACGCUUCUGGGUGCUACAGAUAGUCUUUGUAUCUACACCUUCACUUAUCUAUAUGGGACAUGCCAUGCACACUGUACGCAGGGAGGAGAAGAAAAGGCAGAAGGAUCAGGAAGCUCAGGUAGCUGAUAGUGGAGGAGGAGGUGGAGGUAGUGCAGAGAAGUACCCAGAGGAAGAAAGGGAUUGUGGAAAGGAGGAAGUCAGAAUGGGAAAAGUGCAUCUUAGGGGUGCACUGCUACAGACCUACGUCCUCAGUAUCAUGAUCCGCAGCCUGAUGGAAGUGAUCUUUAUCGUAGUUCAGUACGUUAUAUACGGAAUCUUCCUUGAUGCAUUGUACCUGUGCAAUGGGCCUCCUUGCCCACAUACAGUCAACUGUUACAUCUCAAGACCCACUGAAAAGAAUGUUUUCAUUGUGUUCAUGCUUGUAGUGGCUGGUGUGUCUCUGAUCUUGAGUGUUCUUGAGCUCUACCACUUAGCGUGGAAGCAGUGUAAAAGGUGUGUCAAUGACCAUCAGGCCAAAAAGAAUCAGAGAUCCAAUACAACACUGGCUAUAACCUCUGCUUCCCCAGAACCUUCCACACCAAACGGAGCUUGUACCCGACCACCCGAUUUCCAUGAGUGCCUAGCGGCAUCUACUCCACCUUCACACAUAUUUCAAACAAAAACGCACUCACACUCCCACACACAUCCGUGUUACCCACCAUUUACCAACCAACUGGCAUACCAGCAGAAUUCUGCCAACAUUGCAACAGAACGUCACCGGGAUCAUGAUAGUAUAGGUCCUGAAGACUUUCUUAAGAUGAGCUUCACACAGGAAUCCAUAAACACGCCCAAUUUGUGUGUUCCACCCACGCUGCUAAGCAAUGGAUUCUUGAGGGACAACCGACGGUUCAGCAAAAGCAGCGGAACCAGCAGUAGAGUGAGACCCGACGAUCUGUCGGUAUAACCUUGUGCACUUAGACACCAUAAACUGAUGUCAGUAGUUAGU